ACAUAGCUUAGGUGAAGCAGAUUUCCUGGCUGGGAGCCUACACUGUCCUGGAUCUGCUCAGAAAUGCAGCUGACUUUGACUCUUUCGGGCUCUGGUAUGCAACUGUUGCUGCUGGUGUCAAGCUUGCUCCUUUGGGAAAACGUGGCCUCCAAACCAACUGCCAUUGUGUCCACUGAUGACCUAUAUCAUCGUUUGGUUGAACAGUCUCAUAAUACAUUUAUCAUGGCUGCAGAUGUAUACCGUGAAUUUGAUAUAAAUUUUGCCAAGAGAAGUUGGAUGAAAGACAGGAUACUUCCCCUGUGUCACACUGCUUCCAUCCAUACUCCAGAGAAUCUAGAGGAAGUCCAUGAAAUGAAAACUGAAGACUUCCUGAACUCAAUCAUCAAUGUUUCAGUUUCCUGGAAAGAACCUCUGAAACACUUGGUGUCUGCAGUGACUGCUCUUCCGGGAGCUUCUGUUAGUAUGGGGAAAAAAGCUGUUGAUAUGAAGGACAAAAAUCUUAUAAUUCUGGAGGGACUUCAGACCUUAUACAACAGGACUCAGGCUAAAGUUGAAGAAAAUUUUGAAAAUUUUGACUUCCCUGCCUGGUCUGGACUCAAAGACUUGCAGUCAUCUGAUGAAGACACUCAUCUUUUUGCCAUUUAUAACCUGUGCCGCUGCUUUAAAAGGGACAUCCAUAAGAUUGACACUUAUCUCAAAGUCUUGAGGUGCCGAGUUGUCUUUAAGAAUGAGUGUGGAGUGUCCACCUUUUGAAGUCUUGCACCCAAUGUUGAACCAGACUUUUGUAAUGCUUUUUCGCCUCUCGGUGUAUUCAGAGCUGUAAUGGAAUUCUUUUCAUAAAAUAAAAUGUAAUUAUUUAGAAAUACCAGACUCAGUGUGAAAAUUGAAGAAAGUCUCUUCUUUCCCUUUAGUAUCAUAUGGAUCCAC